UAUGAAACGGAUCGCCGACGAGGAACUUGUGCGAGAGGAGCGUGCAGAGGAGAGUACACAGAAAUGGCUGCAGGAUGCCAAGUUUCAAGAGAUUUUAGGCGCUGAUUCGUCGCAUAAGUCUCUCUUCGUUUUGCUCUCCCAUCCCGAUGGAUCUCAAGGCAUUCUGCUUGCCAACAAGUCUCCGUUUUCCGAAGAAAAAUCCGAUAUCGAGAAGCUUCUGGCGACUGCACAGCUUCAAGAAAUCUCCAGAAAUGACAUUUUCGGGUCCUAUAAUAUAGAAAUCGAUCCCAAAUUGAAUUUGCUAAAAUCUCAACUAAUCUACCCGAUAAACGAUCGUCUCAUUGCAAAAUACCGUCAGGAGGAGAAAUUCGUGAUUCGAGAGACUCCAGAGCUUUAUGAGACUGUUACAAGGCCGUAUAUUGAGAAAUAUCAGCUGAAUCUCAAUUGGGUGUACAAUUGCCUGGAAAAGCGCUCGGAAGUCGAUAAAAUCGUGUUCGAAGACCCCGACAAUGAAAAUGGCUUCGUACUUCUUCAGGAUAUCAAAUGGGACGGAAAAACCUUGGAAAAUCUCUAUGUUCUCGCUAUUUGUCACCGCCACGGCCUGAAAUCUGUCCGGGAUUUGACUGGAGAUGAUUUGGAGAUGCUGUACAACAUGCGUGACAAGUCCCUCGAGGCAAUAAAUCAGAAAUAUGGCCUAAAAACCGAUCAAAUCAAGUGCUAUUUCCAUUAUCAACCGUCUUUUUAUCAUCUUCACGUUCAUUUUAUCAACCUAAAAUACGAUGCCCCGGCGAGCACUACAAUGUCGGCUAUCCUGCUCGAUGACGUCAUCAACAAUUUAGAGCUUAACCCGGAGCAUUAUAAGAAAUCCACGUUGACAUUUACCCGAAAAAAUGGCGAUAAACUGAUGGAAAUGUUCCGGGAAGCUUUGAAAAAUUGACAAAUUAAUAAUUUUUUGCGUUGAUUUUUUAAUUUAUAAAUUGUUUUUUUUUCUG